AUUGCACUUGCUAAUUGCAGUGGCUGGAUUAAAAAUGGAAAACUCUUCUCCUGUGACACAGUCCUGACCUUAAUGGUUGUUGCAUAUCCUUCGGUACAUUCCAUUAUCUUGAUUUUAAUUAAUUCCAAACUAAAUGAGGCAUUGGUGAGGAUUCUCCAGUGUGCAAAGUGCCAUCUGAGAAAAGAGACUUCUUAA